GUACUCGACAUUAUACGUGCUGCCGUCGACGAGAAGAGACGUAUUUAGAUGGGACCAGGAGAAGGAACUUGCCUGAUAUUUAGCAGUGUGAAAAGAAGCGGACCACCCAUGGAAGCUAUUCAAAUUCUUCGUUCAUGGAGACAGUCAUACAGGAUGGUGGCGGUGUCAUCGGAAUGGCCUUAAGCAGUCACCUUUAACCUGACCUUGACCUUGACGUCAACUUAGGUACAGGAAUUUAAACCUCUAAUGGCAUUACACGUUCAGAAGGAAGAGUAAAUCCGUCCCAAUCCCGAACAACUAUGGGAUAUUCUAGAAUCAUCCACAUUGUCGUAUGUAUUUCCUCGUUGACAUUUCCUAUUAUGUUUGGCUGUAAUUUCUCCACCUUCAGUAAUAUCAGCUCGAGCUGCCCGACCAACUGUACCUGCCACACAAAAGAUGUUUACUGCAACUCGUCGCUGAUCAGCGUCCUCAAUGGUUCUCUUGACAAACCAGAACACUUCCUAUCCUUGAAUAACACACAAGUUAAUAUCUUUGAUUUGUCGUACAAUGGAAUCGCAGAAAUUAAAAAUAGAUUUUUUGAAAGAUUGAAUAUCACAAUACACCAUCUUCGUCUCUCCCACAACAACCUCACCGAGAUCAGUGGCCUAGAGAUCAAGGGGAUUGUCGCAAAGUUUCUGUAUUUAUCCCAUAAUUGUAUUCAUCGGAUAUCCCCAUAUGCUUUUGACGGCAAUGUUAGCUGUGUCGAAGGAGUGGAUUUGUCGUAUAACAGACUGACGUACUUUGAACCUUGGCCUUUUACAAAGAAUAAUCGAAUCUCGACGUUUAACUUCAGUCAUAACCACAUAAGCAGCUUCAGAAACACCCCAAAUCUCACUAUUGUGGACAUACUUAAGACAUCAAAACUAGGUGUGAAUAAACUCGUUGAUCUCACCUUCAAUAACUUCUCAGUGUGGAUCAUAGAUUCUCUGAAAGAUGUCUACCACUUUGAUGACGAUCCAGACACAGUACUCACUAUGAAAUGUGCAGCAAUGGGGUUUCUUCUUCAGAACAAUCCCUGGCGGUGUGACUGUCUGAUGUAUGAAUUCAGACAUCUCCUUCAAUCAGAUACAUUCAUGUUACCAAAGACAGUGCGUGAACAGCUGUCCUUCAACUGUGUCACGCCUCAGAGACUUCGUGGUCAGAAUGCCCUCGAUGUGCCCGUGACUGAGUUGGUCUGUCCUGUUCUUGGAGGUUGUCCCACGUCUUGCCAAUGUCAGAAAGUCCCAGCGUACAAAUAUACACGUGUCGUCUGUUCAUCUCUCGUCUCAUUUCCAGACCAGAUGCCCUCGGGGCCAUUAUUUUUAAACUUCAGUUGGAAUCGUAUUUCAAAACUUGAAUUUAGAUCAUACCUGUCAUCUGUAACAUACCUUGAUUUGUCCAAUAACAGACUGCACGUUAUAGAAGGGGGUGCAGCACAACACAUGGGGAAUAUUGCUAUGCUUAAUCUUGCUUCCAACCAGUUGACGACGCUGCCGAAAGAAAUACAAGUUGUGCGAUUCAGUAAUGUUCAUUUGGAGGGAAACAAACUCCACUGUUCUUGUGAUUUGACGUGGGUUUCUGAUUGGAUAGACGUCAGGAGUGAUGAUCCAGCCAAUCAGCGCUCGGUAUGCUACAAGGAUGGGUUGCCUGUGACGUUAUCCGCCAUGCAGGACAACAUUGACUGUGUCAGUGAUUUAGUGGUUCCCGUAACAGUAGGCGUUAGCAUUACUGUUACCAUGGUAAUACUCGCUGCUGUAGCAUGUCGAGUUUGGGGUAGAAAAAAGCUCCCAUUCGUAAUGUAUUUAAUAAGAGGAAGAAAAGUCCAACCCGUUCAUAGAUACGACGAUCAAGAGGCAGAAUUUGAUUACCAUGGUUACUUGUCGUUUGAUAACGACAAUAUGGACAUUGUACUCUGGGUGAAAAAUGUCCUUUUGGAAAAUUUGGAAAAUAAUGAUGAAGGAUUUCGAAUUUGCUGUCCCUUACGGGAUUUUGAUGUGGGGGUCUCGCAGGCAGAAGAAAUUCUGGAUAAUAUUGACAAAAGCAAGAGGUUUAUAUCCAUAGUGUCCGAUACUUACUUCAACCCCCUGAACUGGACAUCGUUUGAAUAUGACCAGGCACAGCAUAAACACAAAGACCACGAGUCCAACAUUAUCAUGGUUGUUUACGACAACAUCGACGUUGAUAAUGUAAGAUCUGAGGCUGCAAAGAAUGCGUUAAACAGGAAGGAGUAUUUGAGAACGGGGGACAAUUUGUUUUGGCAGAAACUUAAAUUUCUGGUCCAUACCGGUAAUAAAAUGUUUUAAAGAGGAACUGUGCUCACCUGUCCUGUAUUUGUGUGUCUUGUAAUUACUCUCAUGUGUGACCGUCUGAAAUCGUGUUUAGCCUUGCGGUGCUCGUGUCAGCUGAGCCUUUUGAUAAUGUAAGAUGGGUUGGUGGUUGUGACGAGUUUAGAGACUGUUUAAGGUGGCCGAAACUUGAACAUGUGGCUUGAGGGAACAACAUUUGAUAUUUUUAGCUUUCCUAAGAAAUUCAUGAGUGAGAAGCAGGCAUGGCGACGUGUGACGGUACUAUCGCACUGUACAAUUACAUAUAAUAACUGCUUGUCAUAG